AUGCCGCCCCAUCCAAAUGGGACCAGCUCCCCUCGAAAUCGCCGGGUCGGGGAGCAUUGGAGCGGUGCAAACCCGGUCCCAACAAUAGGGAGAUUCAUAGAGCGCCUAGAAGAGAAUCGAAGGGACCGCGAAGCCUACGAUGAGAUGGUCUCUGCGAGAGAAGAAAAGGAGGAUAAGGGGGCGGUUCCUCACCGACCGCGAAAGGUCGCAAAGGGGAAAACUCGCCAGGUGACGGAUCCCACGACUGGAAGGGAGAUCGAAGUGGAGGAUUUAGAUAAGGAUGCCAUGGAGCCGGUGCUAGAUCCAAAGUUGGUCGUUCCAAAUGUGAAUCUCGGAAAGCCAACGACGGUAAAAGCCGAACCAACUCAGUCUCUUGCCGAAUACAAGGAAAAUCAAGAUAUCACCGCACCUCCGGAUCCGAUCGUGGAGGGAACCACUUCCGAUGUUCCCAUCCAUGGCGAGAAAACAAACGUCCUCUUCUUCCCUACCCCAACAAUCACCUAUAAGCCGAUGUUUGAACAGCUCGAGAAGCGAGGGAUGGGACUCUGUAUCGGAAUCGUAGCCGGGAUUGUCGUGCUCGGACGGUUCUUUGGCGCCUCCUUCUGGGGCCUUAUUCCGCUGGCGGGAUGUAUCGCAACCGGGGUGUGGAUGUGGGUGCAAGAGGUGAUUCGCAGCGGUCGAGAAAUGGAAUGGAGUAAUGAGCAACUCCGAGGAAAGAUCGCGACUGCCAACCUGAUCCCAGAGUCCGCGGAAUGGAUCAACACCUUCCUAGAUAUCCUCUGGGGCUUGGUUAACCCAGAAAUGCUGGCCCCAGUCGCUGACACGAUCGAAGAUAUCAUGCAGGCGUCUUCGCCCGGAGUCAUUGAGAACGUCCGCAUCGCCGAAAUCGACCAGGGAAGCAACCCGCUGCGGAUUCUGAGCUUGCGUGCCCUCCCGGACGAGCAAGUAGGUCAGCUCAAGGAGAACGCGCGCGAAGAGAACCUCAAAGACAAAACUCCCGAGGAAGUAGACGACAUCGAGGAGUCAGCCAGUUACUACAACUUCGAAGCGGCCUUUGCGUAUCAUGCAAAACCGAGUGGUGCGGGGGCCAGUGCGUCAGCCAGGGCUCGCAACAUGCACAUGCAGAUCGUCUUCUAUCUGGGCGUUCGCGGGCUCUUUGGAGUCCCCUUCCCCGUCUUUGUGGAGUUGAUCGAGAUGGUAGGCACGGUGCGUGGACGCCUCCAACUGGUCCCGGAGGCUCCGUUCGUAAAGGACUUGACGUUUAGUCUGAUCGGAAUCCCUCAUAUCCGGGCUGGAUGUAUGCCCAUGAUCAAGGGAGGCGUGAAUAUUCUAAACCUCCCAUUGAUUUCCAGCUUUGUUAACUACGCCAUGGCGACUGCGUGUGGCCUUUUUGCGGCCCCCAAGUCGAUGACCAUGGACCUCAGCAUGAUGCUUAAGGGCGACGAUAUUGCCAAAGAGACCCAUGCACUAGGUAUCAUGUGGGUUCGGAUUCAUCGCGCAGUCGGAUUAAGCAAGCAAGACCGUCGUGGUAGUUACGGCGGCGGCAGUGACCCGUACAUCAACCUCUCGUUCUCGAAGUACGGGAAGCCGAUGUACUGCACGCGUGUGAUCACGGACGAUCUGAACCCCGUCUGGGAAGAGACAGCCGCGUUGCUGGUAACUCCGGAACUCAUCAAAGCAAAUGAGAAUCUCAGCGUGGAACUUUGGGACUCGGAUCGCCACACGGCGGACGAUAUUGUCGGUAAGGUCGAGCUGCCCAUUCGAGAGAUGAUCCAGCAUCCUUGCCGAAUGUACCCACAGGUCUCCAAGCUGCAAGGUCUCGACGAAGGCAGCGAAAUGCCAGGCGAACUGCACUGGGAGGUUGGAUUCUUUGGCAAGCCAAAGCUGCGGGCUGAGCUGAGGACAGAUGGGAAGAACCAAGAUCUCCCAGAGAACUUCAAGCAUGUCCCCGAAUUCCAAGAUGAGAAGGGCAUCAUCACGAAUGAGGACGAGGAAGCCGUCACUCAUACUCCCCCAGAUCCCCUAUGGCCCAGUGGUAUCCUCAGUGUCGUGGUGCACCAGAUUGUCAAUCUCCAACUCGCUAAUAUCAACGGCAGCUAUGGCAAUCGCAACGGCCGUGAGUACGAGCCAGCCAAGGGAUACGGCGAAAACACCGAAGAACAAGGCAAAGACCUACCAACCAGCUACUGCAAGAUUAUCCUCAAUGAUCAGCUUAUCUACCGCACGCGAGCCAAAGCCAUCAGUUCCAAACCCAUCUUCAAUGCCGGAACCGAGCGUUUCGUGCGCGACUGGCGCUCCGCCAUCGUCACCGUCACAGUCCGCGACCAGCGAUACCGCGAGCACGACCCCAUCUUGGGUCUGGUCCCUCUCAAGCUCUCGGACAUCUUGCAGACAAGCUCCCAAGUCACGCGGUGGUAUCCUCUCGACGGAGGGAUAGGGUACGGACGGAUCCGCAUCUCGCUACUCUUCCGACACGUCGAGACCAAGCUCCCUCCGCAAAUGCUCGGGUGGGAGGUAGGAACGUUCAAGUUUACUUCGGACACGAUCACCGCGAAGGGGUUCACGCAACGAGCCAAGAUCCGUCUCCGAACGGGCGGCAGCACAGGGAAGAUCCCGCGGCAGGUCUGCUCGAUUAACAGCGGGGACAGUGUCUCGUUUGACCUCUCAAACGAGAGCGUUCGAUGCCAUCUGCCCGUGAAAUCGCGGUACCGGUCCCCCGUGGUGUUUGAAAUCCAGACGCAAAACAAACACACCGUCACCGGGUACGCUACUCUGUGGCUUCAGCAUCUCACGGACAACGAAGACACCCCGAUCGAUAUCCCCAUCUGGGCGACGAAGAAGAACGCGAAACGGCUCACGCAGAACUACAUCACGGAGAAAAACUGGGAGAUCAAACGCAGCCCCGGCUUAGAAGAUCUUCGCGAGAUCGGCCGGCUCCGGUUCCGCUGCUGCUUUACGCCGGGGAUCGACGAAUGGCACGAGCAGUUUGUCGUGGACAAUAAUUCCCGCGAGACGUUUGAAACAUGGGAAGCUUGUAUCGCCGAGGGGGUCCGCCCGAAGCGUAUCGCCGUGGAAGUCCCCGAAGCGACGGAGCAAAUGCAUCAGAAAUCCCUGGUGCAGGGCCGAGAUAUUCUCAAACUCGCGCACCCGAAGGAACGUCGCCGAUGGAUCGACAAGGAAGGUCACGAUUGGAGUGGAGCGUUUGGCGAGGAUCCUCUUGCAUAUGUGGAGAGUGCUCCUCCUCCUCCUCCUACUACUACUAGUACCCCCAACGACCUCGUCCAUCUCCAAACCCACACACAAGACAACACCAACAACGCCCGUUCCAUCCCACUCUCAAACUCCCAUAACACCCAAUCAAGCAAGAACCAAAAAAACCAAGAUGAAGCUAGUCAUAACAACAACAUCAACAACAACAGCGAAGCCAACACUCCAACAUCUACCUCCACCCCGACGUACCCUCACGAACAACGCUCCCUGAACCAGAACCAGAACCAGAACCAGAACCAGAACCAGAACCAGAACCAAGACCAGGCAAGCUACGAAUACAGAUCCAGAUACGCCGACAGCGGCAUCAGCGGCCUAUCCACAAGGACAGAGGCAAGCCAAGCGGGCUCAAGCUCCACACCGCCAUCCAAGCGCGCCGCCCGCCGAAGCGAACAGCGUCACCAACGAGGAAUCAUGCAGUGGAAACCGGCGCGGAAUGCAGUGUUCGCUCGAGACGAGGCAAAGUAUGCGCUUCGGAAGAUGAAACAUAAACUGGGGGCGGGGGCUUUGGCUGGUCGGGAGCCGGAUAUUGAGACUGAAUUGGGCGGGGUGUGA